UCCGACAGGAGGCAGCACUGAGCUCUUACCCACGUAACGCGAAGCACGUUUCCUGUUUACAAACAUGGAGACGGGGACAACGUUAGCAACGUUAGCAACAUUAGCUUGAAGCGAGGAUCACGUUGUUUGAGACGUGAAUCGUGUUUCUCUCUUGUCUUUGACAGUUUCCUUCUUUGAGGCGUCUUCGGUGACGUCGACGAACUGAAAACUUUAGUUCGACUCAAACGAACUAUCGUGUCUGAAUCUGAGCGCUAACCGGGGCUAGCUCAAUGCUAAGUGUUAGCUAAAUACUGUGUGGUUUAAAUGGUGUUUUGAUGUGUGACGUGCGGGGAAACGAUAUCAGGAUCACUAAUCCAACCUGCCAGCUACCUGGCUAACUGAACAAGCAUCAGCUGGACGUGAUAUUCAUUUCAAAUCUCAGCAAGAGCACAGCGCUUAUCUGUUGUCCCUGGGACUGAAUUCACAGGAGGCAUCAGUGAAACUGAACUGUCCUCAUGGCCACUUUAGGUUUUACUCCUGCCAGUGAGCAGGAUUUUUUCAGCGCCGAGACGAUGGGUCCGUCCAGCUCCAGAACAAAAAGUGUGAUCAGUGGGGAAGAGGCCAGGCGGUUCUAUGAAAACCUAACGAGAGACGGUGGCAGAGGGAAGAAGGCGUCAAAGAAAAACAGAGAGUCCAGCAGAGGAGCCCGGAGGAGAGUCAGGGCUGCAGAGACGCAUCAGGACCGAACCGCCUCAGGAGUGGGAAGAGAGACCGGAGGAGGAGGUGAGGAUUCACAAAGGAGAGAGAGGGCAUCGAACAGCGACUCAGAGAGAUCCACGGAGCUCCUGGGACUCAGGUUCCUGCGCUGUGCCCACGAGGGGGACGUGUCUGCUCUCAGAGAGCUGCUCUCUAAGGGGGUCGACAUAAACUUCCAGGAUACGUUCUUCUGGACGGCGGUGAUGUGUGCAAGCUGGUCCGGACAGAGAGCUGCGGUGAGGCUGCUGCUGCAACACGGAGCCGCCUGGGUCGGAGUGGUGGAUACCCAGGGCAGAGACGCCAAGGACCUGGCACUGGAAGCGGGCCACAGAGACGUGUUGGAGGAGUUGGAGAGCUAUGGGAGAAGUGUGCAGAGAGACACACACUUGGAUGGCAGCGCCUGUGAGGCUCGGUGGUGUGACGUGUGUUGCACAGAGUACAGCAGCGGCCUGUCGUCACAUCUCUCCUCCACUCUGCACCAAUUCAGUCUGCGGCGUCCUCCCCCGACCCCAUUCUACUGCCUCCCCGCCUCCAGCAACAGCUACAAGAUGAUGCUUCGCUGUGGCUGGAAACCAGGGUCAGGACUGGGGCCAGAGGGGGAGGGGCCGCAGCAGCCAGUGCCAACCGUGCUGAAGAGGGACCAGAAAGGUCUGGGCUACGGAGAGCUGAGAAGAGCCAAAGUUACACACUUCCAAGCCAGGGAUCGUGACGCUGUUAAACCACCUGCCAAGGAUAAAGAGGACAGGGAAGGAAAAGGGAAGAGGAAGGAAGAAAGUAGGAGAAAAGAGCAAAGGGAUAAGAACUGGGAAAAAGAUUUCCGUGCCUCUUUUUAUCUUUGACAUCUGCCCACAGUGACUUUUCUUCUCCCAUGUAUUUAUCUGGAAGUAAAACAUUACAAGCUAAACCAAGUCAAAUCAAAUAUUCAACAAAACACAUUUUUCUAUCAAGGAAAAUUGAACGGUCACAUUUCCCUGUAAGCGACUGUGUGAUAACGACACUCACAACCAGUAAGAAAUGUCCCCACAACCCUGGGACCAGGUCCACUUCACUCUGUACCUGUCAACAGGGACGAUUCAACGCCCUGGAGUGAUUUUAUCCUGGAGAUCGAGCGAGUGCUCACGCUGCAUCGAAACCGUCUUUGACUUUCAUCUUUGAACUGAGAUUCAUCUUUUAAGGAAAGAUGUUGAACCUGUUUUUUUGUUUUCAUUGUGAAGAUGUUUGUAAAGCUUCCGGAAGGUUUUUUCACAUGGAGCUUAAUAUAAAUACUUUGACUCUA